ACUCAUUUCUGGGACCAAAUAAUCUUAUUUUGUCUAGAAAUAUCGUAAACUGAAACUGGGUUGUUUCACUUUUUCUUAUUUUUUGUGACCCAUUUUGGUCUAAUAUAUUAUUGGUAACCUGAAUAUCUGGAUAUUUCUGUUUUUGGGCCUGUAAUUCUGCAUAAACUGAUGGAGGGUGAUGAAGAUGAGGACCUACAAUCUGUCUCUCUGUCUCUCGGACUUCAUGAAUUUUAACUACAAGUAGAAGUUUUUGAAUGAUGAUGGUUAGAGACAAGAAGGAUAUUAACCCUCUCUUACUGAAAUUUGGGGUGGCUUUAGCUCUUUCUUUUGCUGGAUUUCUCUACUCUCGCUUCAGAGCCAGAAGGGUCAGAGUCUCCCCGCCUCCUGGCCCUCCUCCUCCCUCAAGACUGCGCUCUUCGGAUCAUGGCAGUGAAGUUAAUUUGGAAGGUGGAAGAUCUCGGCACAAUACUGACCUACAUGCCAAUAAGACAGCAUCCACUUCUAGCAAUCCUGUUUCUAUUGCAGCUGAAAAAUAUGAAGAGACACACAUGCCAAAGGUCAGUAUUGAUUGCAUCGUUGGACACUCUCCCAGCAGUAAAAUUAGUGGAGAUAAAGAUGGGUUCCUCUUGCCAGAGUUUGAUGAUCUUGUGAAGGAGUUUGACUCUGCUGCUGCAAAUGCUGGCUUCUCUCCAAAGAAAGAUGAUGAAAUACCCAGGUCAAUUAUAGAAACUCCAAAAGCCUUUAGGAGUGCUGAAAAGGAUCAAUACGAACGAGAGAUCAGGCACCUGAGAAAAGCGGUCAGAGUGCUUAGGGAGAGGGAGAGGAAUCUUGAGGUUCAAUUGCUUGAGUAUUAUGGCCUUAAAGAGCAAGUAGCUGCUGUCAUGGAGCUCCAAAAUCGAUUGAAGUUAAACAAUAUGGAGGCUAAGCUUUUCACUCUCAGGAUUGAGUCCUUACAGGCAGAUAACCAGAGACUAGAGGCACAAGUGGCUGAUCAUGUUAAUGUGGUGGCUGAGCUUGAGGCUGCAAGAGAAAAAAUUAAAAUUCUCAAGAAGAAAUUUAGGUCUGAAGCUGAACAGAACAAGGAACAGAUCUUAGCCGUUCAGCGAAGAGUUGCAAAGUUGCAAGACCACGAAUACAAGGCUGCUCCAAGUGAUCCGAAAAUCCAAUUAAAGCUGCAAAGACUAAUGGAUCUGGAGGUUGAGGCUGAAGAGUUGAGAAAGUCUAAUAUGAGAUUGCAGGUUGAAAAUACUGAAUUGAGUCGGAGGUUGGAAUCUACACAAAUCCUUGCAAAUUCUGUUUUGGAAGAUCCAGAGGCAGAAGCAUUUAGGGUGGAGAGGGAGCAUCUAAGACAUAAAAACAAAGACCUGGAAGAGGAAAUUGAGCAACUCCAAGCACAUCGAUUUUCUGAUGCUGAAGAAUUGGUCUAUUUGAAGUGGAUAAAUGCUUGCUUACGAUAUGAGCUACGAAAUUAUCAGCCUCCUGAUGGUAAAACAGUGGCAAGGGACCUAAGCAAAACAUUAAGCCCCAAAUCCGAAGAGAAAGCGAAGCGGUUAAUACUUGAAUAUGCAAAUACUGAAGGGAUGGGAGGAAAAGGGUUCCACAUUAUGGAAUUUGAUUUUGACCAAUGGUCAUCCUCUCAAGCUUCCGUUCUUACAGACUCUGGAGAGCUUGAUGAUUCUUCUGUAGAUAAUUCAUCUGCAACCAAAACCUACAGUUCGAUCAAGAGUAAACUUUUCAGCAAACUUGGGAAAAUUAUUCGUGGGAAAGACAGUCAUGAUAAUCAUGUUUUAUCAGUGGAGAAGUCUGAAUCUUUGGAAUAUGGAGAUUCUCCAAGGUGCAGUUCAAUUUUUUCAAGAGGAACGUAUGCUGGAACUGAUCAGGGGCAUGGCAGUAGACUUGCUACUCCUCAGGGUUCAUCUAGACCUUCUCUGGAUCUCCACAGAUUCAGGAGUCUAAGGGAAGUAAAUAUCAAGGAUAUAGAUAGCGUCCGCACAUAUAGCGAUGUGGGAUCCUCUUCUGGGUACAAGAGGUUUGUAUUGGGUAGGGAGAGUGCUGAUUUGGCCCUUAAAAGCCCACUUGAUGGAGACUCGGAUACCACUGAGAAAUCUGAGCUGGUGAAAUAUGCAGAAGUUUUAAAGGACUCUCAUGGUGGAACACCUAGGCUUCGUAGAAGAUCGGCAUCCCUUAGUUUCUUUUGACAAAUUGCCAUCACUAGCUGCAGCACUUUACACUUAAUCAACCUUUUAUACAUAUGCAAUCAAACUUAUUUUACCUUGUGUGUAUGAAUUUUUAUUUUUUAUUUUUUAUUAUUAUUAUUAUUA